CGGGCCGCCGGCGAUGGUGACACAUGCGGCGGCGGCGCGCCGGCGGCAGGACCAUGGUUGAGCGCGCCAGCAAGUUCGUGCUGGUGGUGGCGGGCUCGGCGUGCUUCAUGCUCAUCCUGUACCAGUACGCGGGCCCGGGGCUGAGCCUGGGCGCGCCCGGCGGCCGCGCGCCGCCCGACGACCUGGACCUCUUCCCCACGCCCGACCCGCACUACGAGAAGAAGUACUACUUCCCGGUGCGCGAGCUGGAGCGCUCGCUGCGCUUCGACAUGAAGGGCGACGACGUGAUCGUCUUCCUGCACAUCCAGAAGACCGGCGGCACCACCUUCGGUCGCCACCUCGUGCAGAACGUGCGCCUCGAGGUCCCCUGCGACUGCCGCCCGGGCCAGAAGAAGUGCACCUGCUACCGGCCCAACCGCCGCGAGACCUGGCUCUUCUCGCGCUUCUCCACCGGCUGGAGCUGCGGGUUGCACGCCGACUGGACCGAACUCACCAACUGCGUGCCCGGCGUCCUGGACCGCCGCGACCCCGCCGCGCUGCGCACGCCCAGGAAGUUCUACUACAUCACGCUGCUGCGCGACCCCGUGUCGCGCUACCUGAGCGAGUGGCGGCACGUGCAGCGCGGGGCCACGUGGAAGACGUCGCUGCACAUGUGCGACGGGCGCACGCCGACGCCCGAGGAGCUGCCGCCCUGCUACGAGGGCACCGACUGGUCGGGCUGCACGCUGCAGGAGUUCAUGGACUGCCCCUACAACCUGGCCAACAACCGCCAGGUGCGCAUGCUGGCCGACCUGAGCCUGGUGGGCUGCUACAACCUGUCCUUCGUGCCCGAGGCGCGGCGCGCGCAGCUGCUGCUGGACAGCGCCAAGAAGAACCUGCGCGGCAUGGCCUUCUUCGGCCUCACCGAGUUCCAGCGCAAGACGCAGUACCUGUUCGAGCGGACGUUCCGCCUGCGCUUCAUCCGGCCCUUCGUGCAGUACAACAGCACCCGCGCGGGCGGCGUGGAGGUGGACGCGGCCACCGUGCGGCGCAUCGAGGAGCUCAACGACCUGGACGUGCAGCUCUACGACUACGCGCGCGACCUGUUCCAGCAGCGCUACCAGUUCACGCGGCAGCGAGAGCGGCGGGAGCAGCGGCUGCGGGGCCGCGAGCCGCGCCCGCCGCACCCGGGGCCACCGCCGGCGCCGCCUGCGCGCGAGGACGCCGACGACCCGGGCCGCGCGCCCACCGAGGACUACCUGAGCCACAUCCUCGAGAAGUGGUAGCGGCGGGGGGUCUGCGAGGGGCGGGUAGGCGGCCCGGCGGACGCUCGGGACCCCGCGCGUGGUGGGCUCCCCCCGGGAAGGCGCGCAGGGCGAUGCCCAGCUGCCAGAGUCUGGCUGUCCGUCCAUCCGUGUACAGAGCGCGGUGCGUCAGCGGGAAGCCGCUAGACAGGAGCCUUAGACCCUGGUGCGGGGGUCCCGGGUCAGGGGUGGGGGGUCCCUGUCCUCACGCAAACUUGUGUAGGCUUGCGGAGGACACGGAGAGAGGACACGCAGGGCCAGAAGCGGGUCCUACGCCAACUAUGCACGCACCCCGCGCUCCCCCAACCGACCACCUCCACACCAACGCCCACCCUUGGCCUCUUGAGGCCCCCGGGCCUGGGACAUGAUCUCUCCGGGGCGCCCCAGAUCCCAUCCACAGCUGCCUCAGGAUCAGGAGCCACCCCAGCUGAAACUGUCCCUGGACAGCCCUCUCUCCUUUUGACCCACGGUCAAAACCCACGAUCCGGCCUGGCUUUGGGGGUUGACCAUCCAGGCAGACCUAGCUCAGAUAGGGAGUAGGUACCAAGAAUCCCUUCUAGCCCUGUUCUUAAUGGUUCACACAGAGGUGUGGCUCUAGCACCCAAUCACUGGGAUAUUAAUUAACUCAAGGCCUCUACCACCCCUCCCACGGCCUCGGGUGUGAAAGUACAAGCGAGCUUCCAUUGGCUGGAAUGCAGACCACAGUCUGCCUGAGCCAUACCUUGGGACCUUGGUGGUUCCAGAUGGUUCCAGGGACCCCCACUGAGCCAGUGUUGAUGGAGACUGUGUGGGACCCUCCCUGCAUUUCCCCCGCCCCUCACAAAGACCGGCCAGGCCCUGCUCCCAGCAGCCCUACGGGCUGGCAGUGGUCUUACUAGAAGCCAUGUAUCCACUGAAAGCAUUGCCCAUGCCCUUCAAGCGGCCUAGACCACCCCACCACAGAGCAGCAGAGACCCUGGCUCUUCAGAGGCUGUGUGCUUGGAAGGUGAGGGCUGACCCCAAGGCAGGACUGGACCUCCCCUCCCUGGGAAAGGGCCAUCUGUAACACACACAAAGCCUAGGUGUUGGCAGGUGCAGAUGCCCUGGGGAGGUGGCUUAGUCCUUGUUUGUCUGGCAUAGAGGCUCCACACUCAGGCUUCCUACACUGGCCACUGCACCGUGGGGUCCACAGGCAAGCUGGGCUCCGGACUGCCAGCAUCCAGCCCAGGGCCACCUCUCUGGAGAGGGGUCACCCUGAGAAGGCAGGUGCCCAGGUGAACUAGAGGUGUGGCUCUUGGAAAAGGAGGUUGAAGUCCUUGUGGGGGGAUUCUCUCCAAGGCUCAUCUUCAGGUCGCCACUCCCAGCAGCAGGGUGGGUUGUAUCUGUGGGACUCAACACAGGCCAUGUGGGGUUCUGAGGCCUCCUGUCAGGAAGUGGGCACUUGGUCUCAGGUAGCCCUGUCUUGUGGGCUUCUGGUAUACACAGCCAGAGGUAGGAUGUUUUGUACAUACUGGAAUGUGAUCUGACAUGCCCCACCAUCCCAACUCAUGGAAGCACGGGUCUCUCCUCAGUCGCUGCUGCAAUUGGAAAAUGAUCUUGCCUCAGGCCAGACCCGUGCCGGGGUCCCUCAGCCCCUAGGCUGUCCAGCCCAGCUCUCCGCUCAGGCCACCUGCUCUGGGGCAAGUUUCCCUGUACCCACAACAUCUCCUCAGAGAUGCUGUCAAAGGGUAGGGUGCCCCCCCCCCCCCGGCUGUGAGGAGCCCUCCCUAGUGCUGAGAGGACAGAGGCAAACAGAAGGCCGACAGUCUGGUCACCAGGCACCCUGUGGACCUGCAGACGGCCCUCCUGGAGGAAGAAGUCAGGGCAGCAGGACAGCUGUCCAGGCAGCAAGUCUGUGAACCUUUUGGGAACUGGAACUGUUUAACUUGAACCCAGGAGCAUUUAAAGCUUUAUUUAUUUAUAGCUUCUUAUUAAAAAAAAAAGUGUUGGGAAGAAAUUUUUUGGUUACAAAAAUGAAUCGAUGAUGACAUAGCCAGUCAUAAUCACCUAAUUGUUUUUGUUUAGGUCAAGAAUGAAUGUUAGCAGAUGAAAUAAACCCUGGAAAGGAC